AUGUCCAUGGAUGCCCAGAAAACGCAAUCGCUACUGAAACAUGAUUUACUACCAAGAGACUUGAGGAAAAUAGAUAAAGGUUACGAUGAUAUUGUUCCUUUGGUGGUUAUACGAGAGAAAAGUAUUCUUUUAAGUAUACUACAUAUCAAAGCGUUGAUAAAGUCUGACUCUGUUGUUCUGUUCAACUACGAUAAUACAUACGCCGAUAACAAAUUGGUCAAUACCAUGAGUGAAAAACUCAAGAAUGUACAGGGCGAUAAUCUAGAUUAUGAAAUAAGGGCGCUUGAGACUAUUUUUGCAGAUGUGAUUGACAAUUUGAUGAUUGAGAUGCAGAUACACGUGACGGUUGUGAACGGUAUUUUACAUGAGCUAGAGAAUGAUAUAGAUUUGGCGAAGUUGAAGUACUUGUUGAUUGUUUCCAAAAAACUCAGCCAAUUUCUUCAAAAGGCUACCUUGAUUCGUGAUUUGAUCGAUGAGAUGUUGGAUCAUGAUGAUGAAUUAUCAGAGCUCUAUUUGACAGAGAAACUGAAUGGAACGCAAAGAUCGAAGGAUGACCAUCAAGAAGUGGAGUUGAUCCUCGAAAGUUAUUCCCUACACUGUGAUGCAAUUGUACAGACAAUCGAAAGCCGAGUAAAUGAUGUCCGUACGACUGAGGAGAUUAUCAACAUCAUAUUAGACUCCAACAGAAACGAUUUGAUGUUGCUCAAUUUGAGGUUAAGCAUAACGCUCAUGUGUCUGGCGAGCCUGUUAUUCUUGGCUGCUAGUUAUGGUAUGAAUUUGGAGAACUUCAUCGAAGAGAAGAAUGCGUGGUUUUGGAUAGUCACUGGAGGUUCAACAGUAUUCAGCAUUGUAUUGUUCAGAAUGGCAAGUAGGAAACUAACGCAAUUACAAAAGAUCCAGCUUACAAAUAGGUAG